AGAGUAUAGUAAUAAUUCUCUUUGCUAGACGAAAACGUAAUAUUAUACAUAUCAAAAACAUUUUACAUUCAUAUUUGGUUUGUGUCAUAAAGAGAAAUGAAUAUGCAACAAAGAGAAGAAAAACAGCUGGAGACUACAAUUCAAGCGAUAUUAAACAGAGUCAAUGAUUUGAAGACUGCAAUACAGGCACUUAUAAACAAGCUGGAAACCGAAUAUGAAACAAUAAACUGGCCCACAUUUUUGGAUAACUAUGCAAUUUUGUCAGGACAUUUGACUGGACUAAGUAAGAUAUUACAAGUAGAACUUGCAGCUUCAUUGAAAUCACGAAUUGUGUUGCCUUUACAAUUGAGCUGUGAACGUGAUGAAGCAUUGGCUCGACUAACUGAAGGGCGCGUUCCAGCAUGUACACAUGAUCUUGUACCAGAUUUAUUACGUACUAAACCUGAACCUCAGGCUGAACAAAGACUACAGCAAUUUAAUCAUAAAGCCAGCACACUCAGCUAUGAUACUGCACAGAAACAAGUUGCUCAGUUUACAAAAGUAGUGAGCCAUGUUUGGGAAAUAAUAUCGAAAGGCAGAGAAGAUUGGGAUGGAGACUCUAUGAGAUCAGCAGGUAUGCAACCAACCCAUAGCAUUUCUGACACUCAUGCUUUGGUUACUGCUGUGGGUACUGGUAAAGGAUUGCGACCAGGAAUACCUUCAAUAGUGCCACAAGGUGUAGCUCCAGGAAUGGGACCAUCGCGAGGCUCAGCCCCUCAACUUGGUCAGGCUACUCCAUCUUUACCAAAGGCACCUUCUGCUAUCAAAACCAACAUCAAGGCCGCCAACCAAAUUCAUCCAUAUCAACGUUAAUGUUUAAGUCUUGUAUGUUUUUUUUAUAAUAAAUUAUUAUGGCCACUAUAAUUUUUUAUGUUGAAAGUGAGGGAAUUUACCAACACCUUUAAAUUUACAGUGGACCCCCGGUAAUCCGGCCCCUGUCUAAUCCGGCGCCUCCUGUAAUCUGACAUGACUUUGAAUUAUGUUUGACAAUCUUCGAUAAUGUAGAUCACGCAGGUUUGAACAGGGUCACAACUCGUACGCGCCACCGAAAUUGUUUUACUUAGUUUGAAUUUGACUACUAGUGACGCAGUUAACACUUUUGAGCUAGGUUGAC